AUGGAAGCUCUUUCGAUUCUCAAUGGCAUUGGACACGAUGGAAAGCCCAAGUAUCCUCCAGUCCCCUCCGCCUUCAAUCCUGAAGAUGUAGGACCUGCCUUAUCCGGCUUUCAAAGGCCCGUCCGCAUUCAGGGAGAGAUUUUCAACCUUGAAGUUGAGGGAGAAAUCCCGAAGGGGAUCUCGGGAACCUUCUACAGGAUCAUGCCAGAUCCGGCGUUCCCACCCUUUAUCAAAGAUGACAUUUGGAUCAAUGGCGACGGUGUUGUGUCUUCAUUCCGUAUCAAGGAUGGACACAUUGAUUUCAAGCAGCGCUACGUCGAAACCGAGAAAUUGAAGUUGGAAAGGGAGCAUCGACGGACCUUUCUUGGAAAAUAUCGCAAUCCCUUUACUGACGCUACGGAUUAUCGGGUACGAACCGUUGCAAACACCACGAUCUUCCCAUGGCGCGAUAAGCUUCUUGCUCUCAAAGAAGAUGGCCCCCCGUAUGCCAUGGACCCAAAGACUCUGGGAACUUUCGGAGUGUACGAUUUCGAAGGUCAAUGGGAUAGCGAGACAUUCACCGCCCACCCGAAGUAUGAUGCAGUCACCAGAGAAUUGCUAUGCUUUGGCUACGAGGCCAGGGGUGUUGGCACUAAAGACGUGCUGUAUGGAUGCUUCAACCAGCACGGCAUCAUGACGGAGAAGGUUUGGUUUGAAGCACCGGUCUGCGGGUUUCAGCAUGAAAUGGCCGCUACUGAGAACUGGGUCUUGUUCCCCAUCCAUCCAAUGCACCUCGACAGCAUCGACCAUCUCAAAGCCGGCGGGAACCAUUGGCAAUGGUACCCAGAGAGGCCGUAUUACAUUGGUGUACUUCCGAGACGGGUGGCAAGGCCAGCGACCCAGUGGUUCUACGGUGACAACGCGUACAACGGGCAUGUGGCAAACGCUUGGGAAGAGGGUGGAAAGAUUCACCUGUACAUGAGCCACUCCAAGGGCAACGUCUUCGGCUUUUUCCCCGACAAGGACGGCAACUCACCGCCUCUCGGAACCAACGCGGCCAUGCUGGCACACUGGACGAUCGAUCCGAAGUCAGAAAAUCUUGAGGUCGAGCCAGAAAUUGUCAUCGAGAAGGACAAUGAGAUGAUCCGAGUUGACGACCGAUAUAUGUGCUACAAGAACAAAUACAUCUUUGGGGCCAUGCAGGAUCCCACGGAGGGCAAAACAGACUGGAGCCUGGUUUCCAUGAGAGUCGGAGGUGGCUUCCCUCCCUUCAACAGCGUCUACAAAGUGAACCUCGAGACUGGAAAGGUUCAGACCUACUGGAACGGAAACUACCGUCUCUACCAGGAGCCGGUUUUCGUUCCUCGUCAUCUUGACGCCCCCGAGGGGGACGGCUAUCUGAUUGGUCUGAUAAUGAAUUAUGAUGAGAUGAUUAGCGAGCUGGUCAUCUUGGAUACCAAAGACCUUUCGAAUCACGUGGCUAUCUGUAGGCUUCCAAUUCGUCUCAGGAUGGGAAUUCAUGGCAACUGGGUUGAUGAUACGGACAUUGAUGGUCAUGCUCAGGCCACUGCUGCUGGCUCUCAGCGAAAGACGAACGGUGCACGCAAAUGGUAA